UUCUGGGAAGUCAUGGCGUCACUCAACAGUAAAACUGUGGUCUGCGUGAUCUGUUUGGAGAAGCCCAAAUACCGCUGCCCAGCUUGCCGCGUGCCCUACUGCACUGUCACUUGUUUCCAGAAGCACAAAGAGCAGUGCAACCCGGAAACCCGUCCUGUUGAGAACAGAACAGUGGCUCCGGUGAAUAUAGGGUCUGAGGAAAACAAAGAUGAUGACUCCUCUAUAGCUGACUUCCUCAAUAGUGACGAGGAAGAAGACAGAGUGUCUCUGCAGAAUUUAAAUUUAAGUGAGUCUGCAACUUUAAGAAGUUUAUUGCUCAACCUGAGACAGCUGAUGGUUAACCUUGAUCAGGGUGACAGCCAAGCAAAGCUGAUGAAAGCCUGCAUGCAGGAGCCUUUGUUUGUGGAGUUUGCAGACUGCUGUUUAAGAAUCGUGGAACCAUCCCAGAAAAGGGAUUCUUGA